GGCCGGACACUAUUGAGAGAAACGAAUCUUUUGUGUACGGUUAGCAAAAUGCUUUUUGACAAAGUGCCGGAGAUUAACAAGUCCAGGACGAACUGGUCACUAAGAUUGAGGCUAAUUCGAGCAUACACUACUCCAUCUUUGAGUAACAAAAGUAUCACAAAUACUAUGGAGCGCGUCUUCCAUGAUUCUGAGGGUGACAAAGUGCAUGCCACAAUUCGUCGUGCGAGAGUUAUGCAUUUUAAGGAGAGUCUCAAGGAAGGACAAUUGUAUAUCGUGAGGAACUUCAUUGUCGCACCUGACGACAUGAAGUACAAGACGACAACAGUGGCGUACAAGAUUCUCCUCAACCACAAGACUACGGCAGUUGAUUUCAAUGAGGGAAACUUUCGUUCUUUCCUAUUCAACUUUAGACCAUUUGUCCAGCUUGCAUAUGCAAAUGAAGUGGACCAUACCGAAUUAUUUG